AAAAAUAAAAUGCAAGAACAAUAAACAGAAAGUCGGAUUGUCGUUAUUUGUUGACUUGAUUCGCGGACGAGCCGUCGAGAACGUCGAGAAAUGUUCCUGUCAAAGAUACCGUCUCUUCUUAGAAAUGCUGUUCAAAUCAGUGUUCGAAGUGAAUCAGGACACGCUGGUAUUUUCACGCACAAGUUCUCUGGGUGCGACAGAUCUCACUUUUCAUCGUCGGCGCAGCAACAAAAUGAACAACAACAAGAUUCGACAAAGGAGGACUCGCAUUCACAAGCAGUAAACACGAGCACACCGGACAAAUUGUAUAAAAAAAUUGAAGUUGAGGUCAGAGGUAACGACCCAGCAGUGUUGAAGAGCUACGGCACAUUUGCAGUGACGGCUGCAAAUCAUUUGGAAAUCGUUGUGGGCAGACACACAGCGCCGCACAAAGCUAUUCACGAACGAUGGACGGUGUUGAAGUCCGCUCAUGUUCACAAAAAGCACAGAGUUCAGUACGAAAUGAGGACUUACUAUCGAUACAUCGACUUUUUGAGAUUAACCGGAUCAACCGCGGACACCUUUCUGGAGUAUCUUCAGAGAAACUUGCCGGAAGGUGUGGCAAUGAAAGUGACCAAGGUUGAGUUGCAAAAGUUACCUGAGAGCGUGGCAGCAAAGUGCAAUGCAUAACGGUAACGUACGCAUCAUGUGUAUUUAUAUUUGUAAACAAUUGUUCCAUCGUUGUACAAUAACAAGAUAUUGUAGAUCAAUUUUUCCACAUAAAUUUUAGAAAACAUCUA